AUGGCUCAAGCAAUUGCUUACCUCAAUGAUGUCAAGCCCUACAAGACAUCCUGGAGAGUGCAAGUCCGAGUCCUUCACUCUUGGAAAACUUACACCACCGCUUUUGGAGACACCUUUGACAUGGUCUUCGCAGAUGUACAUGGAACAAAGAUACAUGCUUCUGUUAAGAAGGAUUGUAUGAAUCGUUUCGAAAAGUAUAUGGUGCCUGGUGAAUGGAAAGACAUUCAACACUUUGGAUUGGUUUAUGCAGUAGGCCAAUUUAGACCAACAAGCCACCGUUACAAAAUGAAUUUCCUGGCUCAAACCAUUGUCACAAGGAUUGAUCCACUGUCUGAUGACCACUACCUGUCUCUGACUACUUUCAAAGACGUGAAGACUACUGGUCUAAAUGCAAACAUUUUAAUCGACAUUGUUGGACAAGUUGUCAAUGUGGGUGAAAUGGAGACCAUUGAUGUCAAUAGUAAGCCGACCAAGAAGAUCUCUUUCCAACUAAGAGAUGAGCUGUAA